GCUUCCCAAACACGAGCUUUACGCCUCUAUAUAUACCGAUCCGCCACCCGUUUCCGUACUGAAGAGCCGAACACUAUGCCACGGUCCUGGAUAUCGCACAAGACGCUGCCCUCGGAACUAUUUACACUCCGGAACGGUCUGAUUUGUGCAUAACGUCGCCUAUAUGCUUCAGUUCCUUUCACAUUGAUGCGUUGUGCACUUGCCUUUUCCGCAACACUCGGGAACUCAAAUGCAACGAGCACCGAUCCGGAUGCGUUCGGUUUCAUCCGUUCUAAUGGAACGCUAAACAUUCAGGUGGACUAAAUGUGCCCAGGGGCACCUAUAAAAUCCGUUCCUUCAGCGGGUCAGCGCUGAACGCGAGUGGAGAUUGUUUGUAACUGUUACAUUGUAUCACUCGCCUUAGAACGCUUAAUUGUUAGAGUUUAACCCUCGUGGAGUUGGCAUAGUGUUCAGAACGUUUAAUUCUUCCAUUUAACAGCUCAAAAUGAGCCUUGUGUUUAUAAAGUUUGUUACAUGUAACAAUGCAGAACGAGUACUGAUAGUUUAGAACAUUUGUUUGUUACAUUUUAACAGUGCUUAAUGGGCGUCGUUGUGUUUGGAACGUUUAAUGUUUACUUCUCAACAGCGCGAAAUGAGGGUCGUUGUGUUUAGAACGAUAAAAUGCUACAUUUUAACAGCACGGAAUGCCUAUUAGUUGGGUAUAGAACGUUUAAUUGUUACGAUUUAAAAGCGUUUAAUGAGUGUCAUUGUGUUUUGAACGUUUAAUGUUUACUUUAUAACAGCGUGGAAUGAGCGUUGUUGUGUUUAGAACAAUUCAUUGUUACAUUUUAACAGCAUAAAAUGCGAAUGGAUAGUUUAGAACGUUUAAUUGUUACAUUUAACAGCACAGAAUGUGCAUUGAUGGUUUGGAACGUUUAAUUGUAACUGUAACAGCCAGAGAAGUGAACGGAGCAGCCCACCGGGGUCUGGUUUAAAUAUUAAACAAAUGACAGAGGAGGAGUCGGUGCACGUUUGAUUUGAAAUAAAGGGAUGUGAACGGAGCUUUUGACUCAUUGUGCUCGUUUCCCAGAAAGGACUUUUGCUGGAAGUCCUGUGGCGUUAUCAUUACGAGUGAUCUCUCAUAACAAGAUUUGGGCAUUAUCGAUCGGAUUAUGAGUGAUCAUCCAUGCAAAACUGUGUCCACGCGCGGGAAGAGAUUGUGUAGCGUCCACUUGGUUGGCUUUUUCUUUCAAAUCUUUGGGAUUCAUUUUUCAUUCUUUUGAUUCACUCAUUCGGACGCGUAUGAUAAACGUGUUCUAUAGGAACAACAUUUGCAUCCUCUGUAUAUGAUGCACCCCGAAAGCAAUGAGAACACUGCAGAAGGAGGUAGUCUGGAGGAAUCGACUCCUGAACCGCAAGCUGGACAGAAUGAACAGUCCUCUCCCUCCACCAUGGAGCCAGAGACUGAACAAUACGAGGAACCGGAGCAUAAAAUCGCGCCGGAGGAUAGCACGGUGCAGCUGAUACAGACAGGCGGCGCAUACAAGCGUCCGGCGACGCCGCCCGCCUCCACCGCGGGACACCCGGGACCCGCUUUCGUGCCGCCCGAGGGCGGGUUCGGCUGGGUUGUAGUGUUCGCCGCUACUUGGUGCAACGGCUCGAUUUUCGGGAUACAGAAUUCGUUCGGUAUUCUGCACAUGAUGCUGCUGAAGGACCACGAAGAUCAGACGUCUCAGUUUAAAGUGGCAUGGGUCGGAGCGUUGGCAAUGGGGAUGAUAUUUUUCUGUUCUCCUGUGGUCAGUAUGUUCACUGAUCAUUUCGGCUGCAGAAAGACGGCCGUCUGCGGAGCAUUUGUGGCCUUCAUUGGUCUUCUCACCAGUUCCUUUGCAAUCACACUGGGUCUUCGAUACUUCACAUAUGGAAUACUGUUUGGCUGUGGCUCGUCGUUUGCGUUUCAGCCCUCUCUGGUGAUCCUGGGGCAUUAUUUCCGGCAAAGACUGGGGCUCGCCAACGGCGUGGUGACGGCAGGCAGCAGCCUCUUCUCUAUGGGGCUUCCUGUGCUGAUUAAGAAAGUAGUAGGACCUAUGGGCCUCGCUAGAACAUUCCAGGUCCUCAGUAUCUUCAUGCUGGUCCAGUCGCUGCUCGCCCUCACCUUCCGCCCUCUCAUGCCCAGUGGAAUGGGACCGAUGCCAGGCAUGGGGAUGGAGGGAGGUCCUCCGUCUGGCUUUGAGUCAGCGAGCAAGUGGCAGAAGGUCCUGGUGAAAGUGAGGAAGUACUUUAAUGUGCGUGUGUUCAGAGUGUUGACCUAUCGGGUGUGGGCUUUCGGCGUCGCCACGGCAGUGCUGGGAUACUUUGUGCCAUACGUACACCUGAUGAAUUUUGUGAAGGAGCAGUUUGGAGACACUCAGAGGGAGUGGGUGCUGCUCGUGUGUAUAGGAGCGUCGUCUGGGGUGGGUCGACUGCUGUUUGGGAAGGUUGGAGACCUCAUACCAGGAGUGCAGAAAAUCUACAUGCAGGUGGCCUCAUUCAUACUGCUAGGCCUGAUGUCCAUGCUUAUACCUCAGUGUGCUGUGUUUGAAGGUCUUGUGGUAGUUUUCGUGUUAAUGGGUCUUUGUGAUGGCUGUUUCAUCACUAUCAUGGCCCCCAUUGCCUUUGAAUUGGUAGGACCCAUGCAGGCAUCUCAAGCUAUUGGCUACCUCCUUGGCCUCAUGGCCAUACCAAUGACAGCUGGACCACCAAUCGCAGGACUUCUUCGUGACUAUUUUGGCAACUACCACGUGGCGUUUUAUCUGGCUGGUGUCCCGCCGGUGGUGGGGGGUAUCGUAAUGUUUUUUGUGCCUCUGGUGCAUUGGCGCAUGCAAAGAAGGCAAAAAGAGGCAAACGACCCGAGCAUGGAAAAGAUGUUGACGAACUGCUCAAACGGAGACUCGCUGCCGGGAUACACCGACAUGGAGACACACAUAUGAAGCCCACCACCAAACAAAGGGAUUAAUCUCACCAGCACUGCUCUUUGUGUGUGUGUGUGUGUGUGUGUGAGAGAGAGAGAGAGAGAGAGAGAGAGAGAGAGAGACAGAGUGAGAGAGAGAGAGAGAGAGAGACAGAGUGAGAGAGAGAUGGUGUAUGAUGUUUGAUUUGUUUGGCUCUAAUCAAAUAUGUGGUCUCGAGGCUUUCUCCCCCCUUGUCUUCUGUUCUGGAAAAAAGACCUCCUUCUAUCAAAGACAAUAAACCUUGUCAUUUUCGCCGGCUCCUGAGUGAUUGAAGAACUUUUACAGGCUGGUUUGCGUUGAAAUAACCAACUCCAGCUGGUGUUUCUCACAGGGAGCGGAGUCGAACCCGUAAAACCAGGAAAGGGAAUACUUUAUCACCUUUUAAAAAGACACGGAGCCAGAGAAGAGUGCAUUUCCAGCACAAUAAAAGUGUUGUUUUAAAGAUUUAUUAAAAUGACGCUUAAUACAUCUUUAUUUCCAUUUGUUUUGUGCUAGAUUAUCAGACUUGUAUGUUUUUGAUUUUUCCAAAAUAAGGUUUUCUUUUUCAAAAUCCACCAUAGUUUAUCUUUACUCUUUGAAUAUGAUUUUAAAGCUGAAGUAUAUAAUGCUUUAAGUCAAAAUAUUUUCUCCUAUCCCAAACUAAAGGAAUAUUCCGGGUUCAAUACAAGUUAAAAGAUCAAUCGACAGCAUUUGUGGCAUAAUAUUGAUUAUCAGCAGGGCUGGACUUUACAUAGCAACUUGCCCAAAAGUUGUUGGGGGAGGGGGGGGGUCACUGUCCUUUUCUGCAUAUCGUGGCACCAUUUUGUGGUCUGUAUAACGCGGUGGCUCAUUUUAGCUUAUCAUGGCCCUGAUCGUCCCCAAAGUGCGUCGGCCCACCGGGAAAAUGCCCGGUAUGUCAGAUUGCCAGUCCAUUCCUGAUUACCUCAAAAAACUAUUUCGACUCGUCCCUCCGUUUCUUUAAAAAAAUAAAUAAAAUCGAAGUCACAGUGAGGCACUUCCAAUGGAAGUCAAUGGGGGCCCAUUUUUAACCAUUAAAAUACUCCCUGUUUCAAAAAGCCACAAGACAUAAAGGAUAUGUGUGUAAACUUGAUUUUAGUGUGCUAAAAUGCUUACUAACCUUUUCUGAGCAAAUGUAUAGCCAAUUUUACAACUUCGUUACCAUGACGAUGCAAUAUCACCAAACCCUAAAACUCUAAAACGACUGUAAAAAUGACCAUUUCAACAACUUAACCUCUUAAAUAAUACAUGAACCCAGAAUAUUCCUUUAAUAUGCAGAGACAGCUGUGAGAUAUUUGUCAGUGGAUUUCCCAGGAAACCAUAAAACACUGUUGCGCUUUUAAAACAUUGCUCUGUUUGUUUGAGCAUCCUGACCAGCCCAGCAUAGCAACAUUGACUCAACCAAGAGGCAUCCGUCCAAUGGAAGAUGGGGGAGUGUUUGGGAAAUAUUUUGUGAUUACAUUUGCUACUUGUGGCACACUUCACCUUUACGGAAACUUUUAUGAGACAAAUUCGUCUAUCUUUGUACACUUUCUGCCAUGAACUUUGAUAACCUCAGCCGUGAGUUGUUUUACCGCAACUGUGAAUUAUGUCGAAAACUAAACAAGGACUCGUUUUUAUGAUAUGUUUCAAAAGCUUAUCCUUUAUCCUUAAUUAUAUCUGAUAAAGCUAGUAAAUUGAUAAUCAGCUAUGCAGUAAGAAGUACACAAACUGUGCCAUGACCAUUGAGCCAGACAACAUCUAAAGGGUCCAUAGAGCUGUAAACCUGCAGGAAUCCUCAUCAGACCGUAAACACUACAUUUAAAUAGGUUUUCUAAUUCUAUGUAUUUGUGGGGGGUUUCCCCCAUUUGACUCCCAUUUGUUGUGUUUUUUCAGAAUGAAUCAUUUGUUUAUGUUGCAUCUCACUAAGAGAUUGUUUCACGUUUCUUUGUGAGCUUGGAAGAACAAUCCGGCGUUCUGACUUGAGUGGAAUGGACUCUCAUGAAGACAAUCAAAGUGUGAUUUGAACUGAAACUAUGAAGACACUAUAAAAAUGUCAAAUCUGUGAUUCUGUUAAAGAAAACCCACAAUGUAGUGUUACACAAAGUGGGCCAUGUUUAUGAGUAUUAACCAAUUAUAAUGUGGAAAAAGUGACGUUUGAUCUCAAAUGAUUUCAUGUUUUCUUAUUGGUCGAUACCAACCGUACAACACCAUGUCUAUGUGUUUGGUAUGAGCAGUCAUUCGUUUCUUUUCUACACAUUGGCUCUUUUCCAAAACCUAGUGAACUGCCUAGACGGCAUUUUAAGCCAACCUAGAUGUGCUCCAGACGCAAGGCUGUUCUAAAAGGUUGGCAGCGACAUUAAAAGUGUACAAUUUUACCCAAUAUUUGUGUGUGCUAUGUAUUUUCAUGCUUAUCGGAGUCUGUCAUUAGCUUAGCAACAUGCUAACUCAAACUGGUAUCAGUCGUCGAGUCGAAUGUUUUGCACGCUUCACAGCGAGGAGCACUUGUGUCCUACAGAGUUGCUGCCAAUGUUGAAAGUCCCAAAGUUACUUGUGAGGCUUCAAAACAGCUAUGAUGCUGCCUCAUGGGCUGUUCACAACGAAUGUGUUCCUGCACUAAAAAAAGACCGCACAGAACGCAGGUGUCUUGAGACUUGCUUAUUAAAAGUUGACGUUCUUUUUAACCUGACACAACUUCUAAAAAAAACUCACAGCGAGACGUGGCAUGGCGCAGUGGUCAAAAAUGUCCAUCUAGCUAAAAAAAAAAAAAAAAAGGUUUUUGGUGUGAACGGCCCCUCAGAAGGACAGCAGGGCAGCUCAAUUAGUUUCAGAAAAGAGUAGUUUUGGUGCAUUCAAGUCCUCCUGGGUGGUUAAUACUUACGAGGUCGGAAAUCGUAAAUAUGACGUUCAAGAAUGGAUCCGUUUUACAAUUUCAGAUUUCGUUCUCUCUUUUUCACUUACUAGCAAAGACAGAAUGCUUUUUUGCACAAUUGCAACAAAAUGAAGAGUGAAACCGUGCAUUAAGUGUGUUCUGCGGCCACAUAUAACGAUGGAUAUAAUGUAGUUGUGUUGCAAAUGCUGUUUCCUUAGUUUUGCGUUAUUCAUCAUUAGCAGUAAUAAAAUGCACAAACCUAACUACACACUUACAAUCCUCAAGUAAAACUAAAUUAUUACCAAAAACAAUUGGCUUCCGCCAUGCCCCUCAACAUGCCGCCAGAUUGGGAAUUCAGGGCUUGAAGAAGAGUUUCCCACUAAUUCCGACUUUGCGGUGGCAUUCGUGUACGCUUAACUCGCAAAUACGAUCAUUCCGACAUGACUUGAAUGCACCAUUUCUCUCUCUUGCAUGUGUGCUGUCCAUUCAUCUUUGUCAACUUAUUGAACCCAGAAGCCCCAAUCGCUGUCUGUGUUGUCAUGGAGACCUGUCCUUUAGUACUAAUCAACCUCGGUUCAGGUAUAUUUCAGGUACACGUCUCAUUAGACGGCUGUAGGUUUUAAAAACAAAGAACAGAAUAAUGGACAGAGAUAGUGAAGAUGUUAACCAGACUGCCUCAAUCAACCCUGUUCUUCAGGUUUAAUAGUAAAGCAACAUAAUGUCACGAAAACAUGUUCAGGUCAUAUUUCACCUCUAAAUCAAAUCACCUGUCAAUUUUGCUGGAAAUAAAUGAAGCCUGUUGUUUUGAAAUCCUCAUGGUGGCACGGUUACUCAAUCCGGGUGGCGGAGGACGAGUCUCAGUUGCCUCAGCUUCUGAGACCGUCAAUCCACGCAUCUUAUCAUGUGACUCGUUGUGCAUGACACCGCGGAGACUCACAGCAUGUGGAGGCUCAUGCUACUCUCCACGAUCCACACACAACUCACCACACGCCCCAUUGAGAGUGAGAACCACUAAUCACCACCACGAGGAGGUUACCCCAUGUGACUGUACACUCCCUAGCAACCGGGCCAAUUUGGUUGCUUAGGAGACCUGGCUGGAGUCACUCAGCACACCCUGGAUUCAAACUCGUGACUCCAGGGGUGGUAGCCAGCGCCAAUACUCGCUGAGAUACCCAGGACCCCCUAAGAUGUUUGAAUAAUUAUUAUAAUAAUAAUUAUUAAAAAUAACUAUUAUUUUUAAAUGAGUAACUCCCAUUAGAUGUUCAUUAGAUACAUUUUUGCCUAUUUACACAUAUCAGGAUCAUAACAAAAUUCCAUCAUAUUAAAUAGUGUAAUGUUUAACAAAAUUUUAAAAAAAAAUGUAAUUAUUAUUUCACGGUAACACUUUAUAAUAAGCUUCCAUUUGUUAACAUUAGUUAAUGCAUUGGGUAUCAUGAAUAAACAAUGAAGAAUCAUAUUUUUAACUAACAUUAACUACGAUUAAUAAAUGCUGUAAACAUAUAUUGUUCAUUGUUAGUUCAUGAUACCUAAUGCAUUAACUAAUGUUAACAAAUGGAACAUUAUGUUUUAUGUGUAAAUCUUCUAAUGUAAUAGAUUUAUACAGUUUAACUGUAAAUAAAAUGGCUACAUUUCAUUUUUAUAUAAGAAGCACAACUUAAAGACAGUAUAACAAAUACUACCAUGAUGUAUAAACUGUUUUUAAACUGUUCUUUACUUUUAGCUAAAUAUAAUUUCUUAUUACGUUCAAUAAUCGGCUGAAAUAUAACCUGGACCUGUUCUUGAUGUGUUUAGUGAGAUCUCGCUCAAUUAGAUUGCAAGACACAUGUUCAGUUGAUAGUACUGUGUAAAAAUGUUGACAUGAACAUGCUUGUUUGAGGAGUUUUAAUGGUAGAUUAAUAGAGCUGAUGAAGACAAUGACUCAUGCAUACCUCAGAGUACGGUUACGUGCUGACAUUGGUUGAACCCUGCAGUGCACUUAAUGUGUGUGUGUUUAUUUACCUGUGAUUCUCCUGCAGUGAUUGGCUCUGCAGAUUCAAUGACUUUCUUGAGCCUCAAAUCGAUCAUUCAUGUAUCGUUUCUCUACCUGGAACUGGAUCCCUCAGUUUAUUGUUCUGUCAUUUGUACUGAGUUUAGAUGCAGAGGUUUUUAUUACACCAUGUUUUAUGAUGUGUGUGAGCUUGUACAUGCAUGAUAGACAGGAUGAGAGACAGACAGAUAGAUAGAUAGAUAGAUAGAUAGAUAGAUAGAUAGAUAGAUAGAUAGAUAGAUAGAUAGAUAGAUAGAUAGAUAGAUAGAUAGAUAGAUAGAUAGAUAGACAGACAUACAUGUGUAUAUAUAUAAAUACAGACAGACAGACAGACAUGUAUAUAUAUAUAAAUACAGACAGACAUGUAUAUAUAUAAAUAGAUAUAGACAGACAUGUAUAUAUAAAUACAGACAGACAUGUGUAUAUAUAUAUAGAGACAGACAGAUAGAUAGAUAGACAGACAGACAGACAUGUAUAUAUAUAGAUAGUAUAUAUAUAGAU